AGUGCCACUUGGAGACCAGCAAGGAAUUUAUGCGGUCCACUAGCAAGCCCACUAGCCGACCCCCUGAAGUUUGCAUUCGGGAUCUUGCAGUAGCGUCAAAGUUUGAACUCUGGAGCAAACCCACCUGUUCGGGUCCAGGUGUCGAGGAAGUAUUACAGGCUCUUGCUCAUUAUGAAGAUUCAUGGUUGGACGCAAUCCUCAUCACUCACGCCUCGCGACCAUAUCUCUGGGACGGUCCUCUAAUAGACCAAGGCGAAGGAGAAGGCCGUGGAGCCAAUAAUGGUUCCUCUGGAACUUUGCAGGACCACUCGCACCAACCUCCAGGUUCUAGCGGAAACCCCAGGAAACAACGCAAUAAAAGGGGCGGCGGGGACCAUCCGGAGCGACAACCCCAAAAGCGUCGUUCUGUCGCAUCCGCCUCGAGCCGGAGUGAAAAUAGGCGGCGGUAUGCGUGUCCCUACUUUCUUCUUGACCCGUCGGCACACGUCCAAUGUCUCGGUUAUUUCCUCCACCGGGUCGGCGAUGUGCGCCAGCAUUUACUUAGACAACAUUUACAGCCGAUUCAUUGUCCCCAGUGCGGGCUCAUAUUCAAGGGGCAAACCAAAAACGACGACCGUGAUCAGCAUAUCAGGGCGAACAACUGUGACAUUCGAGUCUUUAAUGCUCCUCCUGGCAUGACGGCUGAUGCUGUUGAGAGGAUGAAAGAUGCAGCUAGUGGAACUUGCGCUCGUGAUGACGCAGCGAAGUGGUUUGAAAUUUGGCACUGCAUCUUCCCAGGACAUGACCAGCCUGAAUCUCCCUAUCUCCCUAACGAGAUCACUAUCGCAUCAUAUCUCAUCCAAGAAUACCAAAAUCUGCCUAAUAUCCAUAUUGCUCAGUUGCUCUCGCUAGUUCGUCCAGGUACGCAAGAAGAGGCCUACGUGCACAUAUAUAACAUGCUCGCCGCCAUACCUCUUUAUUUUACGCAACGUACGGGAGGAUCUAUCAACGACGGCCAAGACAAUGACUAUAUUCCGGGGGACGUUCCUCUCCCCCAGUCACCCAUCAACCCAAAUGGCCAUCCGAACCCAUCAGUGUCGUUCCCUCAAUCAUUCAUAGCCCCUCAAGAUUCCGUCUUUAACUCUCCUGAGAACCAAUUACCCCCUAUAGACGAGAAUGAAGGUGUCAGCCCUGACUUAUUGACCAACCCCGUUUGGCAACCUCCCUUCAGGUAGUGAUUAUGCACAAUAGGUACCUAACCUACCUAAAGGUACAAUACAAUACCUGACAACUAGCGCUGAACAUGCGGGGUUAGCGUCUUGGAAUAUCAAGGUUGUGGGGUAGUUGUGGGGGAACGCUAAAACUUGAGGAAUCUUGUAGAGCAUAACUUAAAACCAUGGCUCCCUUUCAUUUCUAUUGCGGUUAAACUUUAAUCGUUUCAAUGUAUUACCUAGUUAAUUAUUGGACGUAUAUACUUAUGGCGGGUCCGGCCAACAGAGAUAAUAAAUAUCCGUAUUACGUACCUAGGUAUCAAUUGGAAUUGGUGGUAGUGUA